AUCCUGCUGCGUUGAGCUAAACUAAAUAAAAUAAAAGAGACCUUACUUCGAGAAUCGAUUUGCAAGGGAGGUCUUGAAACGUGACGUGCAUGAUGUGGGCAGGGGUUGCGAGCGGAUCUUGUGUGUGAGUGUGUUGGUGGUUCCCCCCACGUCGGUGCGGUGCUGGGCUGGGCUGGCCGCCGGCGGCAGUGUGGUGUCAGCGGCGAGGGGCGGAGGCAACGGCAACGGCAACGGCAGGUGGGCGGGCGAAGAUGGCGGGCGCUAGUGGCAACAUCGCACAGAAAACAUGGGAGCUGGCGAACAACAUGCAGGAGGUGCAGAGCAUCGAUGAGAUUUACAAAUAUGACAAGAAGCAGCAGCAGGAGAUCCUCGCGGCUAAACCCUGGACGAAGGACCAUCAUUACUUCAAGUAUUGUAAAAUCUCAGCUCUCGCACUUUUGAAGAUGGUGAUGCAUGCCAGGUCAGGCGGAAACUUGGAAGUGAUGGGUUUAAUGCUCGGAAAAGUAGAUGGAGAAACAAUGAUCAUAAUGGACAGUUUUGCUCUCCCAGUGGAAGGGACAGAGACAAGAGUCAAUGCUCAGGCUGCUGCCUAUGAAUAUAUGGCUGCGUAUAUAGAAAAUGCUAAGCAGGUUGGACGUCUUGAAAAUGCAAUUGGUUGGUAUCACAGUCAUCCAGGUUAUGGAUGUUGGCUUUCAGGAAUUGAUGUUAGUACUCAAAUGUUGAAUCAACAGUUCCAAGAACCAUUUGUAGCAGUGGUGAUUGACCCGACAAGAACAAUAUCAGCUGGGAAAGUAAACCUAGGAGCUUUCAGGACAUAUCCCAAGGGUUAUAAACCACCUGAUGAAGGUCCUUCAGAAUACCAGACUAUUCCACUUAACAAAAUAGAGGAUUUUGGUGUGCACUGCAAACAGUAUUAUGCUCUUGAAGUUACAUAUUUUAAAUCAUCUCUGGAUCGUAAACUACUUGAACUUCUAUGGAAUAAGUAUUGGGUCAACACACUCAGUUCUUCAAGUCUACUUACGAAUGCUGAUUAUACCACAGGACAAGUAUUUGAUUUAUCAGAAAAGUUGGAACAGUCUGAAGCACAGCUUGGUAGAGGUAGUUUUAUGCUUGGUUUGGACACUCAUGACAGAAAAUCUGAGGACAAGUUGGCCAAAGCUACUCGAGAUAGCUGCAAGACUACCAUAGAAGCAAUACAUGGUUUGAUGUCGCAAGUUAUUAAGGAUAAACUUUUCAAUCAGAUUAAUAUACCUUCCGCAUAAAGUACUGAAACUCGUCAAAGGAAGCUCCUGUAGUAUGUGCUUAUGAUGCUUAAGAAACUCUACGCAGUUCCAACUUCUUUAAACGGAUAGCAUCAAUAGUUCUCCAGGACAUUGGUACCUAUGUAUUAUUAUGCAAACUACAGGCUGUUUUAUUACCUUUCAGUAUCCUAACUAGUAAUUUCAACAAAUAUUGUCAACAUUUUGUAAAAUGGCAGCUGUUAGACCAUCUCACUUCCUUGUAGCUAAAUCUACUGUAGGGUAGCUAAAUCCACUGAAAGGGGAAAAAAAUAUCUCAAUGUAGUUUCUAAAACAAAAAGGAAAAGUGUGUUCUUCAUGCUAUUAAAAUACAUUAAUAUUACCAGAGAUUGCUCUUUCUGCUUUUAAAUUGAAUUACUUCAGACUCUCAGUGCUGAAAUGUGAUUUAUUUUUACGAUUCAUUCAGGUGAACAAAGUUCCACAAACUUAUCAGUGAUACACCUGUGUUUCCAAUAAUACAUGCACCUAAGAUCUAGAAUCAAUAAAUUAUGCUACUCUCACUGCUUCUGUGGGCCUGUGUUAUCUAUAUAAGAGCAGCAAUUCUUCCACAUAUUAAUCUUCAAGUUUUUUCCAAAUAGUCAAUUUGAUUUUGGGCAUGUCAAUACAGACAAUACAGACAAAUUUGACUCCUCGACUUGUAGUUUGUUACUUUGAUACUUUCGUGCGAUAUACUCCAGAUUGUAUCGCAGAAACGGGUUUUGACAUUUAUCAAAAUGGAAAUGAGUAAAAAAUUGAAAUUUUGCCAAGUUAAACGUAAAGAGCCAGAACGUGGGACUCAUCAGCCCAGCUCUUUCUAUGAUACAGACAUCAUAGGCUGAAUAGUAUCUUGCUGCAUCAUUUGAUCAUUCUACAUGUCUUUGGAACUCAAGGCUUUGUACAUUCUCCAUAGGAAGCAUUGAUUUGAGUUAAUUAAAUUCAAAGAAUCAGAUCAUAUUUGUAACUAAAUAACAUUCAGUUCAAUAACAAUAAAAUCCAAGACUUCUCUAAUUAUAAAUUAUGCAUCCCCCAUUAGGCUUGCCUCUCAAUUUAUGCUCUUGUUUUCUGUUACACACGGUCUGGAAUUCUUUCCGUAAAUAUCUCUUCCCCUUUACCCUUCUCUUUACCCUUCCACUUAUUAAAACCUGACUCUAUGACCAAGAUUUUGUUCACAUACCCUAAUAUCAUCUGCGUAUUGUCAUGCAAAAUUGGACACACCGUCCAUAAGGCAUCUAGUGCAUUUUACUACUUUAAAAAAUUGUAUUAAUGCAAGCUUCAGAAUUGAGCACUACAUGAAAAUUAGUGCUCUAUUGUAUGAGAAUGUAUUGAAACCUGCAGAGCAAUGGAUAUUUCUAUUUCCUGAAAUAAAGUUAUCAGCAGUU